AUGAUGUUAAGAACAAUUUAUAUUGCCAGACAUGGUUACGAUUCAGCAUGGGAUUCACACGAGGAUACCACUGACAGUUUAUUGAUCCCUCCAACUGGUAUACCAGGAGAUACACCAUUAUCUUCACAUGGUGUUUUACAAUCCAAAGAGUUGGCACAUUACCUAUUGUCAUUAGACACACAACCUGAUUUAAUCAUAUCAUCGCCAUAUUAUCGUUGUGUAGAAACAGCACAUUAUAUUGCCAAAUUGUUAGAUAUUCCGUUAUAUACUGACAAAGGUAUUGGCCAAUGGUUUGAGACGAGGGAUGAAGUUACUAACUCAAUUAGACCUACUUUUCUUAGUUCUGUUUUGUCAACUGAUCAACACAAUGAUAUAGAUAAGAAUAAUGGUAUUCACCCACCAAGUGACGUGACAACAUUGAAUAAAUUGUUUAACAAUUCAAUUAAGACUACGUGGAAAGAUUGUGUUGAUCCGUAUUUAAAGAACAGAGAGGAACAUGAUAAGAUAAAAGGAGAGACAAAGGAGGAGCUACAUAAAAGAACACAGACCUUUUUGCAAUUGUUGGAGGAACAUCUGGAAAAAGAAAUGCCUGAUGCAGAAAACAUACUUCUGCUUACACAUGCUCCAAUAAAAAUAUCUUUAGGUUUAAAUUUGUUAGGUUAUCGAGAUUUAUUGGAUGUAAUUGAUUGUAAACACAAUUAUGACUCUGUAACUAUUAGAAGUGGAUGUUGUUCGUUAGAUAAAUAUGAAUUAGAUGAUCUUGUGAAUAUAGAUAAUAGAUCAUCUAGUGAUCUAUCGCUUUUAGACUUUAAAUGGAAAAUUACGAUGAAUGGUAAUACUGUGUUUUUAAGAAAUGGUGAAGAAAAACCAUGGUAUUUUAAAAAAAGUCUAAACGAUGAUAGUAGUCAAAAGAGUGAUAAUAAGACCAACCUAAACAAAGAACAGGAGGAAGAUAAAGAAAAUACAGAGACUGUAUAUGUAAGUUUAGAUUUAAAUUCAGGAUUCUAUAAAGAUAGAUUGACCGUUGAAAAAAAUGCUACCUUUCAAUAUUCUGGAUUGAAUCAAGAUAAACCGUUAAUUAGGAUAGGUAAUAAAUUAUAUGAAGGUGACUGGAGAAAAUUGGUUGGUACAGAAUUAGCAUUCCCCAAUGAGGCCAUAUUACAUAAAAGAAAUAGAAAUUCUAUAAAUAAUAAGACUAAAAAUAAUAACAUUCAUGGUAUUGGUAAUCAUACUAAUGAUGAUGAUGAGGAAGAUGAAGAUGAGAAACUAGAAGAUGAAGAGAACAACAAAAAGAAUAUUGAUGAUGACAAGGCUAUGAAGAAUGAUAGCGUUUACGAUCGCAGUGAUAAAGAACAAAAAGAUAAAACUGAGUCUUCAGAGGAUCAAGAACAAAGUAUGGAUGUUACAAUGAACUACAGUACAAAAAGUGAUGAAUUUAGUGGAUAUAACUUAAAUAUUGAUCCUGAUAAACAUGGUGAAAUGAUAUAUAGAAUCAAAGAUAGAAUUGUUCUAACUGGAUUACAUCCUGUAUGA